CAUUUGGUCGAAUUCGUUUUAUGAUUCUAAACCGGGUUUUGUGGUUGCAAAACCGAACCAUUAUUAAGCUAACAAAGUAGUAAGUAACUUCAAAUUCUUGGCCUUUCCUAUUGGCUAUAAUCAUUUUACAAAACAAUUAAUUUUUAAAAAGUAUUAAUCGGGUUGGAUCUUUAUUACAACCCGAUAUAACGAAACAGAGGUGGAUCCGGAUCCCAGACGGAGCAGAGCACACCUCUGAUCGGAGAACAAUUCUUCUGGGACCAUAGAAAAGAAAGCAAAAUGUCGAGGCUAUGGGGGAGAGUUGCCGGAAUGUUCAGAAGCAAGAGUUUCAUCGGAGCAGACAUGACUGGUAACAAGUACUUCUCCAGAACGGAGCAGAUUGACGGUCUUGUGAAGGAGAAACGAUGGGUUGUCUUUAGACGAGAAGAGGACCCAACCUCUAUUCCUGUUGAAUGGAUAUGUUGGCUCAAUGGGCAGCGAAAAAGAGCUCCUACUCCAGAGGAAAUGGCUGAACUUGAUGCAAGGCGUGAGCGUGUGAAGCUUAAUGUUGCUCGUAUGUGUUUCCAGAUUCAUAAUACAUUAUCUACAAGCUACCUAUCCUUGUGUAUUAGCAAGUCAAGAAAUUUUUUUCUCAAGAAAGAAGAGGAGGAGAAGAAAGCCAGAGAAGGAGAGAGUUCCCACAAAAGUAAAGCUGAGGGUCCAGAAUUGACAAGCUUUGUUCGCCACUUCCCAGCGGAUUCAAAAGGUGAUAAAACAGAUGAAGCUAGUAAAGAAGCGGAUCAAUCAAGGGUCAAGGAACAUGAUGAACCCGAGAUAGUUACUGCAGAGCCACCUGAACCAAAGACAACAGAGCCAUCAGGGUCUGGAUCAUCAUUUAGGCCCGGGACAUGGCAGCCACCAUCCUAAACACAUCUCAUUCUCACGUAGAUAAACAACCAACUGAUUUUUUGUGCAAUCAUCUGUUUGUUUGUUCUAGUCUACAUAAACCGAUUGGUUCGAGAUGAUUAAAAGAGCUAUUAAGGACCCUAAA